AUGUCUGAUAUAAAAUGUAAACAGAUACUCAGACUUCCUGUCUGGAGACCAAAAUAAGAGGGAGGGCCGUAGGACAUGGGAGGUUAAGAGGGAUGUUGAUAGGAAAAGAGAAGACACACUAUGGGACAUUUCACAAGAACCUACAUGGACACACGAUGAUGACAUUUGACAUUUUGUCUGCAGGGAAAGGUAGAGACGUUGAAGAUGCAAAGUCCUGCUUGGAAAACAUCUAAUGUCACAUUCCUGGACACCAAACACACACCUGGAUCUAGAGGGAGUCCAGCCAAAGAACUUUAACUGGACUGCUUUUCCUUUAAGGUGUGAAUCCCUGCAUCCCCGUCAGUGUCAGUCAUGGUCACCUCAGGUGCAAACAGCACAGAUCCCUGGACUAUGAGCAACACUUCACUCCCCACACGCGCAAAUGUUUCCGGUUUCAGCAACAAAAGUGGCAUGGAAGCGUAUCUUCAAAUGCUGGCUCAUUUGGACGAAGGACUUUAUAACGACUUCUAUGGACUUUGGAUAGCGUUGAUGGUCAUCAACUCCCUCAUAUUCCUGGUGGGCAUGGUGCUCAACACGUUGGCCCUUUAUGUGUUCUGUUUCCGCACUAAGCAAAAGAGCACGUCUGUGAUCUACACCAUCAACCUGGCCGUGACUGACCUGCUGGUCAAUCUCUCUCUGCCUACGCGCAUCCUGCUUUACUACAGCAGAGGAGCUUGCCUCACCUGCUCCUACUUGCACAUCUUCAGCUACUUUGUGAACAUGUACUGCAGCAUCCUCUUCCUCACCUGCAUAUGUGUGGACCGCUACCUGGCCAUUGUUCAAGUUGAAGCAUCCCGUCGGUGGCGUAACCCCGGCGUGGCCAAAUGUGUGUGUGUCUCAGUGUGGCUGUUCGCCAUUGUGGUCACCUACUCCUUCCUGUCCACAGCCUUCCAGCAAACAGGCUGCUGCCUCUCCAAGCUCCUUUUCCUCACCAUUACAGAGUUCUUUCUACCCCUCAUCAUCAUCGUGGUGUUCACCCUGCGGAUCGUGUGGGCGCUGGCAAACCGCUGCCUGAUGCAGCAGAGCAGGAAAAGAAGAAAGCGGGCCGUCCAACUGCUGACCACAGUGCUGAUCAUCUUCACAGUGUGCUUCACACCCUUCCACAUACGGCAGGUGGUGGUGUACAUCUACCCUGAUAUGCCUCACCAUGCCAUAGUCUACCAUUUGACCGUCACUCUCAGCAGUCUCAACAGCUGCAUGGAUCCAGUGGUCUACUGCUUUGUCACUAACAAUUUCCAGGCAACUAUGAGAAAUAUUUUUCGCCGUGCAGAGGCAGAGCAAAGCAGCGGGGACAUCGUAAGCAUGCAACACAGCUCCAAGGCCUCAGGAGGGCCCGCUACUGCGGUCCCUAAUAACGUCAUCAUGAUGAGGGUGAUUCCCGCCUCACCUCGGAAAGAUUUGCAGAAAAGUACUCUUCACAGUAAAUCCACCAUCACAACAGCAAUUUGAAGCGGGGGCAGUUUUGGACAAAGAUGAACAAAUGCAACCAUCCAUUUUCAGUGCUCCUUGUGAGCUGGACCCCAUCACAGUUGACUUGGGUUUACUAUCACCCCUACAAGCUUACCAUGCAGCAUACUGGAAUACCAGGAGAAAAUCCACGCAAGCAUGGGGACAAAAUGCAAACUCCACACCUUUCCUGAAUAUAGAGACAAAACAAAUACGUAUCAGGUGCAAUAGAAGUGUUUUUCAACCUUUUUUGAGCCAAGGCACAUUUUUUUCAUAGAACAAAUCCUGAGGCACACCAUAAGCACAAAUCUUAAAAAAAAACAACUUAGUAGCCCAUAUUGACAAUAAAAAGUUGUUCUCGCAAUUGUUGGAUAUGAAUUUAAACCAUAACCAAGCAUGCAUCACUAUAACU